AGGAUAUUGGGGUGUCUGUCAGGGCUCUGAGGUCCCUGAGGUGGUCAGACCCCACCUGGGGAUGGAUCCCUGUGUUCCUGGGGCUGCUGGGCUGGAGGAGCCCCUUGGAGGAGCCAGUGGCAGGUGGUUUUUCCCUCCGUGUUUCCAUGACAGAAGUUGGAAUGUGGCACAAAAAGCAGGAAAACUGAAGAUCCCCCAAGGCACAGAAGUACCAGAGGCAGCAGCUGGAGGGGUCAUGAUUUUUGGCCACCCAGCAGAGAAGAUCCAAGGGAAUAUUCUCCCACUGACAUUCCCAAGGGCUUUGCCAGUGAUUGACUCUGGAACAGUCAGGGCCAGCCAACCUUUAGCAACAACAGGAACUGAAGAGAAGAAAACACAGAAAUAUGGCAAAAAGAGGAUGGGAAAUAAGAAAAAAGGAGGAAGAACAUUCCCAGCUCCAAAGACACACCACUGCUCCUGUUUAACCCUGCAGAGCAACGUGACCUCCCAGGAUAAAAAUGCAGCGGCUCAGAGGAUCUCCUCAGCCAGGCUCCACAAAAUCAAGGAGCUGAAGAACGAAAUCUUUGACUUGCAGAGAAAAAUAGAAGCCUCCAGCUUAGAAAACCACGCCCUGAGGCAGCUCCAGUGGAGACAGUCCAAAGCAAUAGGGAGGUACAAAAGCUCAGAGAGUUACUUUGAGGAUCUUGCAGCCAGACAUUAUGAUGAGGUGAGGAAUUUAAGGAACCUCCUGAGGAUGUCCCAGGAAUCCGAGAGAAACACUUCCAAGGAGCUCAGGAAAGUGGAAGCAGAGCUGCUGAAAGUUAAAGAUGCUUUGCAGGCCUUGCUGGUGCUGUCAGAAGACAAAGGUCUGGCAGGGAGGGAGGAACUUCAUCACAGGCUGUCGGUCCUCACUGAAAAACUGGAAGCAAAGGAGGAGGAAAUACAGAGUCUUGAAAUGCAGCUGAAGCUGAACAACAACACCUUUAAUCGUCAGCUGGCAAGUGAGAGCAGAAAGGCUCUGGAAGCUGGAAUAAUCACACAGAAUUUGAAAAUGGAAAUUAACUCCCUGCACCAAAAAAUUAAGGAAAAGGACAGGCAGCUUUAUAUAAAAAAUAUCUAUGCAAAUAGGAUGCCCAAAACCCUGAAGGACAGGAUUGAUUCGGUACCUCAGGAGCAAAGUCUGAGUGUAAACAGAGCAGUACAAGUAGAUAAAGAGAGUUUCAGAGCACUGCUGCUGUCACAGCACCAGGACACAGAAAAAAGCCCAAUGCAGCUCAUAAAGGAGAAAAAGUCUUCAGAAGACAAGGAUGAAGAAGCUGCAGCAAAUGAAGUGAACUCAGAUGCUCAGAGAACAGAAAAUCAAUCAACCAAGAAAACACUGGUGCCAAAAACUUCUAACAGAGCACACAGAGGAUUUAUGAAAGAAAAGGAAAAAGAGACAGAAUUGCUCAAACAGGAGUUGAAAAACCUCAUGAAAGCUGAACAAGGUCCUCAAAGUGAUGGUGUAAAAGACAACAAUCAAGAGGGAGAUGCAGUGGAAGAAUUUGAAAAGGGAGAAAAGCCAGAAGAACAGCAAAUUAACAGUGGGAAGGAAGGGAAGGAAGGUGCAAUUCCAAACAAAACACCCGUCAGGCCGAAAAAAAAAUACACAUUCUCAGAAGCCAUUGAGAAUUUGCAUCAGGGGCUUCACACGUCUGGUAGAAACCCCAAAGCAGGGAGCCAGGGACAGGCAGGGCAGGGCUGCACUGAAACAGCUGAAUCCAGAGGGAAAAAUUCCUUUGGGCUCUACGAGCCAUCCUUUGGUAAAGACACCAAGCCCAGGCAGGAGGACGGAGCCGCCGGAGCGGAAGGACGUGCUCACGUGGCAUUUGCUGAGAGGAAAAGACAGCUUAUGAAAGAACUCUUUGGAGCAGGAGCCGCUCAGAGAGACAACCCUUUGAGUCCCAACAUGAGAGGAACAAAAUGCAAGGAUGCAGGAUGAGACACAGGCCAAAUUCCAAACCUCCACGGCGAGUUCGUCGCAGGAAGAGCCCGACGGGAACAAACUGCCGAGAACACACAGAGCAUUUCUGACAGUUAGACAAGUUACAGCAACUUCUCUUUGGAAAGUUACAACUUCUAAAAUGUAAAACUGUUAAAAUUGUUAAAACCAAAUGUUUUACCUUCAUUAAAUGUGUAUUAAAUCUUACAAGCACUGGCAGUUUCUUUCCACGAGUUUUCCGACACGACACUCAAAAUAUUGUCGCAGAAGAACGUUCUCCUGCUCUUGGUCUGUGUGUUGCAAAUGCAUCACACUGAGAGUCCCUUAACAUUUUUACCUGCUAUCAGAUGUCCAAGUUAGUCCUUGGUUGGUAACUUCCAGGUUUUUGCAUCCUCAAGCAGUUGGAAUCUGGGAGCUCAGCACGACACGACAAACCCGCUUUCGUAAGGUUCAUCUUGGGUUAGCCCCAACAAUGCAAUCAAAGAAAAUACUUCUUUAUUUUCUUCCCUCCCCAAACAGCUUCCAGAACUCGCAUGUAAUGAAAAUAAUUUGCUAUUCCAUUGUUUUCAAGAGCAUUAGAAACCUCUAAAGCCUCGUUCUUUCCCACUGUUCCAACUUAUCAAAGCAGUUUGCCUGGUAACUUCCCCAGCUGACAUCCAAAGAUGAAUGUGCAAGAGUAAACUAUUGUUUAGGAGAAGUCAGGCAUGGCCAGCUCCCAAAAAGCCUUUAAAAAUCCUGUGUUUAAGGUUAUGUAAGCCAGGGGAGGAGGAUUAUGGUUUGUUCCUCAUAGUAAUUCACAAAACACUUGCUAAAACGACGUGAAAUUAGGGAAAAUUGGGUGUAUUCUGUUAGUUUUAAAAGGUAGUAGCAGUUUGAAAACCUUCUAAAACUACACUGCAAAAGCCUUUAAAGAUGACAAAGAUAUUCAGAGCUGAACCUACUUUCAAAGUUCAAAUGUUUGUAAAAAUAAAUUAGUCCUGUUGACUCCAA